AUGGUCAAAGCUGCUGUUCUUGGUGCCUCGGGUGGCAUUGGCCAGCCCUUGUCUCUCCUCCUGAAGGCAUGCCCUCUCGUUGACGAGCUUGCUCUCUACGAUGUUGUCAACACCCCCGGUGUCACUGCUGAUCUCUCCCACAUCUCCUCCGUCGCUAAAAUCUCCGGUUACUUGCCUAAGGAAGACGGCUUGAAGCACGCUCUGACUGGCACUGAUGUCGUUGUCAUCCCUGCUGGCAUUCCCCGCAAACCUGGCAUGACCCGUGAUGACCUGUUCAAGGUUAACGCCGGCAUUGUCCGCGAUCUCGUCAAGGGCAUUGCCGAGUUCUCCCCCAAGGCUUUCGUUCUGAUCAUCUCCAACCCCGUCAACUCGACCGUCCCUAUUGCCGCUGAGGUGCUCAAAGCCGCUGGCGUCUUUGACCCUAAGCGCCUCUUCGGUGUGACCACCCUCGACGUUGUCCGCGCUGAGACCUUCGUCCAAGAAUACUCUGGCCAGAAGGACCCCUCCAAGGCCCAGAUCCCCGUUGUUGGUGGUCACUCUGGCGAGACCAUUGUUCCCCUCUUCAGCAAGGCUUCCCCCUCUCUGAACAUCCCCGCCGACAAGUAUGACGCUCUUGUCAACCGUAAGUCCCAACAUAUAGUUUUCUCUUCAAACUGCUUCGAUUUCAGAUCCGUUGAUAUGGUUUGCAGGUGUCCAAUUCGGUGGUGA